AUGGACUCAGCCGCCUGGCCCGGCCCGGCCCGAAGCCCUCAGUGUGCUUGUGACCAGGCUGCCUGCGUCCAAAGCAUUGGCCACCUGCUUCAGGCCAGGGAUCCCGGGUCAGCUGUUACCACACCUGCUCAGAAUCUGUGCGUUCCAGCAGAAUUCCCACCCUCUGUCACAGCCUGUAGUCCCUCGGCUGUGGCUCAGACCCAAGUUCACAGCCCCGUGCUGUUCCAUGCUGCCAUGCUCUGUGAGAGUGAGCAGACAGCCUCUGGGUGUGAUGGGCUAAAUGUGUCAGUCACGCGCUGGGCCCUGGGCCCUGUGCUGGUCACUGCACCACCCCAGGCCCGUAGCCAGCCGAGGAAGCUUCCGCCGCGGCCCGCCUUCCUGAGACAAGAUCCGUCACAGCCCCGAGCGCCUCUGCAGGAGAGCGGACCAAACACACAGCGGGAACCGCUGGCCGCGCAGGCCCUCGCGCGCUGGACGGACGAGGCCGCCCGCGGACCGAAGCCGGAACCCAGGCUGAGGGGGAGUCUGAAGUCCAGACUACUCUCUGAGUGA